AUGCUAUCCGGCACCGAGACGGUGGCAGCAGAGUGCGAGGAUGCGGAGCUGCGGUGCAGCGUAGCUGUAGAGGAGCUGAGCCCUGGCGGGCAACCGCGAAAACGCCAGUCUCUGCGCACCGCGGAGCUGAGCCUGGGUCGCAAUGAGCGCCGAGAGCUGAUGCUGAGACUGCAGGGGCCGGGGCAGAUUGGGCGGCCGCGGUGCUUUCCCCUGCGCGCAGCGCGCCUCUUCACGCGGUUUGCAGCGACCGGACGCAGCGCGCUGCGUCUCCCUGCCGACGGCGCUCCACGGCCGGGCGCUGGCACUGUGCAGUUGCUGCUCUCCGACUGCCCCCCGGACCGCCUGCGCCGCUUCCUACGUACGCUGCGCCUCAAGCUGGCUGCUGCCCCAGGUCCCCGGCCUGCCUCUGCCCGCGCGCAGCUGCUCGGCCCGCGGCCCCGCGACUUCGUUACCAUCAGCCCAGUGCAGCCUGAGGAGCUGCGGCGCGUGGUGGCGGCCACCCGGACCCCGGACACCACUCCGGUGAAGUUGCCAAAGAAGCCCCGGACUGGGGCCGAGCCUACUACUGAAGCCCCAAGGUGGCCCCUGCCUGUGAAGAGACUGAGCUUGCCCCCAACCAAACCACAGCUUUCUGCAGAACAGGCUGCUGUGCUGAGGGCUGUUCUGAAAGGCCAGAACAUUUUCUUCACUGGGAGUGCAGGGACAGGGAAGUCAUACCUGCUGAAGCGUAUCCUUGGUUCACUGCCCCCAACAGGCACUGUGGCCACUGCCAGCACUGGGGUGGCAGCCUGUCACAUUGGGGGUACCACCCUUCAUGCCUUUGCAGGCAUCGGCUCAGGCCAGGACCCCCUGGCCCAGUGUGUGGCCCUGGCCCAGAGACCAGGUGUGCGGCAGGGCUGGCUGAACUGUCAGCGUCUGGUUAUUGAUGAGAUUUCCAUGGUGGAGGCAGACCUGUUUGACAAGCUGGAGGCUGUGGCCAGAGCUGUCCGGCAGCAGAACAAGCCCUUUGGAGGGAUCCAACUCAUUAUCUGUGGGGACUUCCUACAACUACCACCUGUUACCAAGGGCUCCCAGCCCCCAAAGUUCUGCUUCCAGGCCAAGAGCUGGAAGAGGUGUGUCCCAGUGAUCCUGGAGCUGACUGAAGUGUGGAGGCAGGCAGACCAGACUUUCGUCUCUCUGCUACAGGCUGUGAGGCUGGGCAGGUGCUCAGAUGAGAUGACUCGCCAAAUCCGGGCCACAGCUGCCCACAAGGUGGGGCGAGAUGGGAUUGUGGCCACGAGGCUCUGCACUCACCAGGAUGAUGUGGCCCUCACCAACGAGAGGCGACUGCAGGAGCUGCCAGGUGAGGUGCACAGCUUUGAGGCCAUGGACAGUGACCCUGAGCAGGCCCAGACCCUGGAUGCCCAGUGUCCUGCUAGUCGGCUCCUUCAGCUAAAGCUGGGGACCCAGGUCAUGCUGGUGAAGAACCUAGCAGUGUCUCGGGGCCUGGUGAAUGGGGCCCGAGGAGUAGUCGUUGGGUUUGAGACUGAGGGGAGGGGGCUACCCCAGGUGAGAUUCCUGUGUGGAGUCACUGAGGUCAUCCGUGCUGACCGCUGGACAGUGCAGGCCACCGGGGGCCAGCUACUCAGUCGGCAGCAGCUGCCCCUCCAAUUGGCCUGGGCAAUAUCCAUCCACAAAAGCCAGGGCAUGUCCCUGGAUUGCGUGGAGAUCUCUCUGGGACGUGUGUUUGCCAGUGGUCAAGCCUAUGUGGCCCUUUCCCGGGCCCGCAGCUUGCAGGGCCUGCGUGUGCUGGACUUUGACCCCACAGUGAUAUGCUGUGACCCCCGCGUACUGCGUUUCUAUGCUACCCUGCAGCAGGACGGAGGGCUCAGUCUGGAGUCCCCAGAUGAUGGUGAGACAGCCUCAGACCAGGAUGUGGGCCCAAACCUCUGA